UUAUUUGCAUUGUGUAGUGAUCCGUUUCGGUUAGCUUUGACGGUGUAAAUUUAUUUGUCCACUGUUGUUCCAAAAAAAAAAAAAGAUUUAUUUGUCCACUGGAAGCGCGAUGCAGAGGAUUGCAAACUAAUAAGUACUAUUUGAAAUUCAAAAGCUAGAAAAGGAAUAAGGAAGAGGUGAUCCGGUAACGGGCGGAAAGGAAAUUCCAAAUCUAAUUGUCAUCAUCAUCUCUCUCUUCUUCACAUCGACCUUUAACGGCUAUUUUCUCUCUCUCCCCUCUCUACAGAAACUUGGAUCUAGGGUUCCUCUAUUUCGAAAAUCUACAGUGGCAAUCUGAUCGAUCUACUAGCAACAGAGAUCAAACAUUUAAAUUGAUCAGCUCUGGAGAGCAUACGAGAAAUCUCUAGUUACAGGCAGAAGAAGCAUUUCGAAAUGGCAAAAGAUCCGAUUCCUCAAGUAGAAACAACAUGUGGAUCUCUCCUUUACGAACUUCAGAUUAUUUGGGAUGAAGUUGGAGAAACUGAAACUGAUAGAGAUCAGAUGUUGCUUGAGCUUGAACGUGAGUGCUUGGAAGUUUACAGAAGAAAAGUUGACCAAGCUAAUCGUUGUAGAGCUCAGCUAAGACAAGCUAUUGCUGAUGCUGAAGCUGAACUCGCUUCCAUCUCUUCUGCUAUGGGGGAGCGUCCUGUGCAUAUUAGACAGUCUGAUCAAAGCGUUGGGAGCUUGAAACAAGAGCUUGGGAAGAUUCUCCCUGAAUUGGAAGAGAUGCAAAAGAGGAAAACCGAGAGACGAAGCCAGUUCCUUCUUGUUCUAGAAGAAAUUGAGAGUAUCACUAAUGAUAUCAAAGGUCAAGGAGGAGAACAUGUUCUCUCCAAACCACUCCUCGAUGAGACUUCUUUGUCUAUGACAAAGCUUGAGGAGUUACACUCCCAUCUGCAAGCACUUCAAAAGGAGAAGAGUGAACGAGUGGAGACUAUUCGGAAGCACCUGUGUACUCUAUAUUCUCACUCUUCAGUACUUGGAAUGGACUUCAAUGAGGUUGUUAGCCAAGUGAAUCCCACAUUAACUGAUCCAGAGGGACCAAGAAGCUUAAGUGAUCAUACCAUUGACAACUUGGAUGCUGCAGUUCAAAAGCUGAGGGAGGUUAAGAUACAGAGAAUGCACAAGCUUCAAGAUCUAGCAACAACCAUGUUAGAGCUCUGGAAUUUGAUGGAUACACCCAUAGAAGAGCAGCAAGAGUAUCAGCAUAUUACCUGCAAUAUAGCUGCAUCAGAACAUGAAAUAACUCAAGCCAAUAGUCUCUCUGAAGACUUCAUCAAAUACGUUGAAGCAGAAGUUGUCCGAUUGGAUGAGGUAAAGGCAAGCAAAAUGAAAGAACUUGUUAUGAAGAAGAGAUCAGAGCUAGAGGAGAUAUGUAGGAAAACCCACAUGCUACCAGUUUCAGAUAGUGCUAUGGAUCAGACUAUAGUGGCCAUAGAAUCUGGUAUUGUGGAUGCCACAUUGGUCCUGGGGCAUCUUGAGCAACAUAUAUCUAAGGUCAAAGAGGAAGCUUUAAGUAGGAAAGAGAUACUUGAGAAGGUCGAGAAAUGGUUGUCUGCCUGCGAUGAAGAAAGCUGGCUUGAAGAAUACAACAGGGACGAUAACAGAUACAAUGCUGGUAGAGGAGCUCAUCUUACUCUCAAGCGUGCUGAGAAAGCUCGUAAUCUUGUUAACAAACUUCCAGGAAUGGUAGAAGCACUUGCUUCGAAGACAAUAGUUUGGGAACAAGAGAAGGGAAUUGAAUUUCUCUACGAUGGUAUCCGUCUUUUGUCCAUGCUUGAGGAGUAUAACUUACUGAGACAGGAAAGAGAAGAGGAACACCGUCGCCAACGGGAUCAUAAGAAACUCCAAGGACAACUCAUAGCAGAACAAGAGGCGCUCUAUGGAUCAAAGCCGAGCCCAUCAAAACCCCUUGGUGGCAAAAAGGCUCCAAGAAUGUCAACGGGUGGUGCAGCAACCAACCGAAGACUCUCCUUAGGGGCAGGGAUGCAUCAGACUCCUAAACCUAACAACAAGAAAGCAGAUCAACGCCAUGUCGAUGGAGCUUUAUCAACUGGAAGAAGAGGGCUUGAUGUUGCUGGACUUCCCUCAAGGAAACAGUCAAUGAAUCCUUGUGAACAACUACAGUCUCCACUAGUUCGCAAGCCAUUCUCACCAAUCUCUACCACGGUGGUUGCAUCAAAGGCCAACAUAGCAACGCCACAGCAACUUGUUCCAAACGAGAUAUCCUCCUUUGCAACUCCGGUCAAGAACAACAUUAUCAAGAAUUUGGAAGAAGAGAAGAUGAUGUCCAUGUUGCAAACACCAAAGAAUGUCGCAGCUAUGAUUCCCAUUCCAUCAACACCAGCAACAAUCUCUGUCCCGAUGCAAACUGCACCAACCCCACUCAACAACUAUGCAAGAUUGCUCCCUGAAAAGACUGAAGUUGUUGAGUACUCGUUUGAGGAACGAAGACUCGCCUUCAUGCUACAAUCUGAGUCUAUGAUCCACGUCUGAUUUCAAUGUCCUUUAAAACUCAAACUGAUUGUGGAUUAGUUUGUAAAAGGUCAAUUAUAUGAUUGGCUUUUUUUGUGAUCGGCGUUACAUGUGUAUGGAUUCUUGGAGACUAACAAGAAAAGUGAUUCCGUUUUGGUUUAGCUUAA